UAAAGCUAUUUGAAAAGGCGGUUUUAAUUUUACGUGAUGACUACAGAUGGCUAUUCGGGCCUGUUUUUGUAAAGCUGACGUUAAAGGUCUUGAAAAAGUGUUCUAUACUUGUUGUUCCUUCUCGGGGAAUUUUAAAGGCCUAUGGCGUUUGUGACAUUUCUGCGGGCCGAUCAAGGUAACCCUCACCUUGCCUACCCUUGCCGCAUUCAGUUCGGUAAAAGACAUUCUCCACACUCACAGCCUGCCUUGUAGCUAGCCUUGUCUACAGAGCACAAACUCGAUGGUAUUUUUUUUAUCGUUAAGGGGGAAAAUUAUUUGGAAUUAUGUGAAUAAUUUGUGCAAAGAAAUGCUAUUAUAGGUUUAAUAUGUUUUGGUUUUUGCCUAAGAGCUGGCCAUUUUUAUUAUUUAUUUAUUCUAUUGAAUCAAUGUCUCUCAAAAACCAAAACGUUAAUUGAUAAGAAGCUUGGAUUAAAGUCACAUCAAAUGUAUUUGUAUCUGACAACAUUCGUGAGAAAGCCUAUGAGAGCAAAAUCGGUGAAAGAUAAAGGCCUAAAACAUCUUCUAAGAAAGCACCAAUGAUCAUGUCUUGGCUUGCGUCCUGAGAUGGAUACAGUUUCAAAGAGAUCCUUCCAUGAGAAGUGUUCUCACUUUGUUCCUGCCGCACUUCCCCGCAUGCCAACCAUUUAGCAGAGUUCCUGUCGCUCACACUGCGUCUUUUUCAGCUUCGUUUUUUUUUCUAAGAGCCCCUGUCCAAUUAGCGUAUAGGAUAGCCGCGUCUGCUGAAUAUAAAUCUAUAGAAGCGCCAAUCGGAGCUGGGGAACGCACCACACCGUGACCAGAUAGAGUAAGUUGCUUUACUCCGGGAUAAGUUUGUCAGUGGACAAGGACACAUGCACAGGGACUUAUACACCUAAAUAAAUCAGGCCCGAUAGAGGACGUUCUUUUUCGAGGCGCGUGUCAAUCCACGGAUGCCCCCGUAUAAUUGCUUGUCAUUUUUGCACCAAGUUGAGGAUUUUUUUUAAAUCCUGCUGGCUCCAAGCCUUUGCAACCGGACUAGUAUGAGACAGAGCCGCGCGGGGAGAAAGAGCUCCAUGGACAUCUCCAAUGCGCGGACACACCAACGGCUUCUGUAGAUGAGGUGGCCAUGGAGAGAAGGGGCGGCUGCGGAGUACACCACAUCAGCUUUCUGUCUCUCCUGCUCUUCUCCCUGUAUCCUCUAUGCUGCCGAGCCAGCUGGAUGUGGUUGGGAUUAACGUCGGUGGGAGUACCGGAAAAACUCGGCUGUGCGAAUCUUCCUUUGACCCACAAGCAGAAAGACCUGUGUAAGAGGAAACCUUACCUGCUACCAAGCAUCAAGGACGGUGCGCGCCUGGGCAUCACCGAGUGCCAGACGCAAUUCAAGCACGAGCGGUGGAACUGUUCGACCACCAAGCAGCUCUCUGUCUUCGGCUACGAGUUAACCAGCGGUACGAAGGAAACAGCCUUCAUCUACGCCGUGAUGGCGGCGGGGCUGGUCCACGCCGUGACGCGCUCCUGCAGCGCUGGCAACAUGACGGAGUGCGGCUGCGACGCCAGCCUGCAGGGCACGGGGUCGCCCACCGAGGGCUGGCACUGGGGCGGCUGCUCGGACCAUGCGCAGUACGGAACCUGGUUCAGCAGGAAGUUCAUCGACAACGCCGUCCACAACGUGUCGGCCAAGGGGGGCGACGCGCUGCUCACCAUGAACCAGCACAACAGCGAGGCCGGGCGACAGGCCAUCGCCAAGACGAUGUCCACCGACUGCCGGUGUCACGGCGUGUCGGGCUCGUGCGCCGUCAAGACGUGCUGGCGCACCAUGGCGCCGUUCGAGCGCGUGGGCAACUUCCUGAAGGAGAGUUACGAGGGGAGCGUGCAGGUGCUGGACCGCUCCAAGCGGAAGGUCCGCAGGAAGGAGAAGGAGCAGCGGCGCCUGCCCAUCAGGAGGGACGAGCUCAUCUUCCUCAACAAGUCGCCCAACUACUGCGUGGAGGACCGGCGCUGGGGCGUGGCGGGCACCAGGGGGCGCCGCUGCAACCGCACCUCGGCCGGCCCGGACGGCUGCAACCUGCUGUGCUGCGGCCGCGGCUACAACACGCACGUGGUGCGCCACGUAGAGCGCUGCGAGUGCAAGUUUGUGUGGUGCUGCUACGUGCGCUGUCGGCGGUGCGAGAGCAUGAACGACAUGCACACCUGUAAAUGAG